AGAACAAUCCAUAUUUCGAUCAUUAAAACCUUUUCCAUUCAUCAUUUCAUUGUACAUAUUCUGUAUGAUGCCAUGAUACGGAAAACGAGUGCACGUUCGACGUGCGUGCAGUUUGAAUUUUGAAGAUCAGUUACUUCUGAACAUCUACUUACUUACUGCUUACGCGUGACACAAAAAUCGAAGAGGAUGACCUGUGCAAGCGAGCAUAUCUAUUUCUUGGACUCGUUGAAUCUUUUCGUUGAAACACAGUGGCUUUAUAACACUCCGGUUACUCAUUUGUUAAGCGAAGGGUUGCUCGAUUUAUUCCCGAACGAAUGGUCGACAGCUUUACAACGUUUAGAAAAUGAGGAGCUCAAUGAUUUCGUUGUAAGAAAGACAACGAAGCCGGAGUGGUCCGAAGGUCUGAGGACUUUCGUCGAGAAAUGUAAAUGCAUCGAUCGACUACCAAUUAUAGAUAUUGUAUUGCCUGCGACGGUGCCAAAGAACUUUCGAACAGGACUUAGCUCGAAGAAGCAACACGAAAUAAUGUACCUAGCACAUUUGGUGAACGCUGAAUGCGCGUCGCGGAACAUAAAAGUGAUCGUUGAUCUCGGUGCAGGCUUGGGAUACGUUUGCCAGCUAUUGUACCACUUGUACGGAUACAAAGUCCUUGGAUUAGAAAAGAAUCAGGCGAACGUGAAUACUGCAAGGAACAGACAGACAAAAUUCUAUCCCGAUUCACUGGGGCACGUUAAGUACAGCUGCUGCGAUUUAACGUGCGAUUCUGUUGAAACGAUCGAAACGAUCUUGAACGAUGAAUUCGGGGAGAACACGGACGUUUGCUUGAUAGGCUUGCAUGCCUGCGGAGACCUUAGCAUAUGCGCGUCGAAAAUAUUUCGGGACAUGAAAGCGGCGCGAGCUCUUAUCGUAGUUCCUUGCUGUUACCACAAGCUUUCGAUAUCAAAAAGUACGAAAGUAAAUGCGUCGACCGAGAAACAAUAUUUCAAUAACUUUCCUCUGUCCAGUUGUCUCAAAGACGUGAUCAGUAACUCUGGUCUCGAUGUCGGUUCUUUUCUGAGACAGCCGUUCUUGCGACUAGCGUGUCAAGAACCUGCGGACAGGUGGUACAAUAUGUCCACUGAGACACACGAUCAACAUUCGUUUUACGUUCUCGCAAGGGCCGUUCUUCAAUUGUACGCGACUAAAAAUGGAUUCUCUCUUAAGAAAUGUACUCAGAAAGGCACGAGAAAGUCGCAGUGCUUAGAUUUUGAAACUUACAUUAAAGAUUCUUUACAUAGGUACACUUUGAAAAAAUUGGAAGAAGGUAAACUUCUAUACAAGUAUACAAAUAAUUGUAUAACAGAAACCAAGAAUAUUCAAUCACGCUGUGUUCUAGAUGCACAAUUUAAUUUCGAGACUCAUGAGCAGAAUAUGAUAGACCUGUGGGAAAGUCAUAGUGAUAAAUUAAAACUCGCAGAAAUUUAUACCGGUUUGCAAAUGAUGCUACAAGCGCCAGCGGAGUCGCUCGUUUUACAGGAUCGAUUGUGUUGGAUGAAGGAACAGGGUUUGAGAGCGAAAAUUGUCCCGGUCAUGCAUAGACGCUUGUCACCUCGGGCGUACGCAAUUGUAUCGCAAAAAAGAUAAUAAAUACUAUAAAUUAUA